UCCUUUUCUCUGCAAACCCUUCUUCCCUUUCUGUAAAAUCCCCCAAUCCGAUUCCGUCGAACGAAGCCAGGAGAAUCCCCUUCCCUGCAACUCCGAUCAUGGAAUCGGCGCUGGCGGUCGUCACCGGCUACGCGGACUCCACCGAGUCCUCCCCUCGCUCCCGCGGCGGCGAGUCGUGGGACGAGCCCUACUCCGCCCUCGCGGCGCCGUCGUCGCGGCUCCGCGUCAUGUGCAGCUACGGCGGCCGCAUACUCCCACGCCCUACCGACAAGUACCUCUGCUACCUCGGCGGCGAGACGCGGAUGGUCGCCAUCGACCGUAGCGGCUCCCUCGCUGACCUCUCCGCCAAGCUCUCCCGCGAUCUCCUCGGCGGCGGCUCCUUUUCGCUUAAGUACCAGCUCCCGAACGAGGAUCUCGACUCGCUCAUCUCUGUCUCCACCGACGAGGACCUGGAGAACAUGAUAGACGAGCUCGAUCGCAUCUCCGCCUCCCCCGCCGCCGCUAGGGCCGGCGGCGGUUCGACGCGUUCCGGCCGGCUUCGCCUGUUUCUCUUCCCCUCGAAACCGGAUUCGGGGACUUCGUCGGCGAUCGGCUCGCUGAUCGACGAGUCAAAGUCGGAGACCUGGUUCGUUGACGCCCUCAACAGCGCGAUUAGCGGCUUGGGCAUCGACGACAUCCCUCGCGGUUCCGUCGAAUCCGCCUCCGUCAACUGCCUCGUCAGUCUCGACGAUGAUCCCUCUCACUCGCGCGGCGCAGUCGGCCGACCGCCGGCCCUCCCUCGCCCCGAAUCCGCCGGGAAGCUUGUGCGUCACGGCCAGGAAGUCCUUUCCGUCCCCGGCUCACCGAUGCUCGACAAGGCUUCUUCCUUCGGAUCCACCUCGUCCGCUCCGCCUCUCUCCAAUCUUCCGCCCAUUCCGGUUCCUACCAUCGAUCGGACCGCCGAUCAACGCGUCGCGGGGCACGACGACCACUUCUCCCGCACGAUCCCUUCUCCCGACUCCGCCACCAGCCAAAGGGCCGACGAGGGUUUCAAAGAUGCAAACUUCGCCGCCUACCAUCACCACCUUCCACCCAUUCCUCUCCCGACCGCCUCUGCUGCUUCGCUCAUCAUCUCCCCAACUGAAAACCUGCACCGAGACUUCUCCGACGACGACAAAUCUGACCACGGCGGAUUCCGAAAGCCGCAUCAGCCUCCAAAGCCUACUCAGAACGACGCCAUCAUCACUGAUCCUGCGCCAAGGUCAAUGUAUUCAAAUCCAAUCUCCGAUCCAAAGGUAGCUUCCGAUCCUAGCUAUCUUGUGCCGUCGAUGCAGCAGGAGCAGCUGCAACAACAGAAAUCCCGUCUUCAACUUCACCACCAACAACAGCAGUUCAUACCAGCAAAUCAGCAUUACAUUCACGCAGCUGCUCCAGUUCUCCCAAUGCCGCCCUACUACUCUCUGAUGGGUCCUCCUGUGCAGCAAACGCCGCAAGCUCCCCCAUUCGACCCCCAGUUUCCCUACAUCUUCAUGCCGGUUCAUCCCAAUUCGCCUUACAAUGUGCCAGCAGUUCACCCCAAUUUGGCUGACCCAACACCAUUACCAUCUUCUGUGAAGCCAACAGCCGGAGCUCAGGGGGCUCCGGCGAAGCCUCCCGAAGUGCUAGCGAGUUUCUAUAGGACAGCAGCAACUGCCCCUGCAGCCGCACACUCUGCAUUGCAACAGCAAUUGCUCCAUGUCACUGCCAACCAAGCCCACCCUUAUCCAGGAGCAGGGUUUCAUGUCAUGCAGCACUCUCAACUGACUCAGCCACCUGCCGCAACGGCGAAUUAUGGCUACGAUGUCACCUCCGGCUACCAACCAAUCUACUACUCUCAGGCCGCUCCACAAUCAGCAUUGUCCCGACAGUAUCAGACAGCCAGCGCCACGCAUAUGGUUCCAGAAGGAGCAGCAGCUCCUGGAGAUUCAUAUCCACCUAGAUUGCCAUGAUCUAAACUCCUUGUUGAGUUUGAAUGGUGUAAGUAAUCUGUCUACAUGAUAGCCAACCUUCUCAUUCUGAUACCAUUCAUUGUGUUGUUUAAUCCUUUGGCUUGUGUUCAUUGCUCGUGUGUGUGUGUGUUUGAAAGGGUAUUAUUGUUGUUUUAUGAUGUCGAUUGUGAUAGGAAGAGAGUUGAGGUUUCAGUCUUGAGGUUUGCUCUUAGAACAAACAAUCAUGUUGGUAUUCUAUUUGUGUUUGAACAAGUUUUGUCCAAUAUUUAAGUGGAAUUUUCUCUUCUAUAUAGAUCACUAUUUUUUUUUU